AUGACGUUGAAGCUUUCUUGGUCCCUGCAGAAAGCCUCUCAUCCCCUCAGUGCAACAUUCAUUGACCAAUGAUAAGUCGUAGCGAUAACAUGUAUGCUUGAUUUCUAGUCUUGCUUCUGGAGCAAACCAUGGCAAGGGCUCCCGAAUUAUCCGACAGCCUUCUUCUGUGACGCAGUUUCCUGCUUAGUUGCUCGAAAACAAUUGAAAGCUCAACAUUUCUCGAUACCUCCUUUCACUUCGUUUACUUCUUGCACAAUCUCCUCAAACAUUUCUAUCGUUCAAAGCUUUGAUUUGGAUUCUCCUCCUCAUCCAGAGGUAUUGUCCAAAAUUCUAAUCCGUCUCUGACAUCAUAACCUUCAAAAAGAGAUAGCAGCUGCAAAGUCAAGAUGCCUGGAGAAGUAAUCGAUAGGCCGAAUCCGCAGCCAUUGACUUCUCAGAUUCCUGAGAAUGUCCUUGAGCUGUCCGUGAAGUUGGAUAAGAUGAAGAUCAAUGACGAAGAUUUGAAAGGCCUCGAAGAGUUUCGCAGGGCAAGCAACUAUAUUGCAGCUGCUAUGAUUUUCUUAUCCGACAAUGCCCUCAUGGAACGAGAUUUGAAGUUCGAGGAUAUCAAGCCUAGAUUGCUUGGACAUUGGGGAACUUGCCCAGGUCUUACUCUCGUCUACGCUCACCUCAACUACCUCACCCGCAAAAACGACCUUGACCUCAUUUACGUAGUUGGUCCUGGUCACGGAGCUCCUGCCAUUUUGGCUUCGCUGUGGCUUGAAGGAUCUCUUGAGAAAUUCUACCCUCAAUAUGCACAAAAUAAACAAGGUCUUCACAAUUUGAUCACCGGCUUCAGUACUCCACACGGUUUCCCCAGUCACAUCAAUGCAGAAACUCCAGGCUCUAUCCACGAAGGUGGUGAGCUUGGCUAUGCUCUUUCGGUUGCCUUUGGUGCUGUCAUGGACAAGCCAGAUUUGGUUGUCGCUUGUAUUGUUGGUGAUGGAGAGGCUGAGAGUGGACCUACUGCCACCGCUUGGCAUGCUGCGAAGUAUAUUGACCCCGCUGAAUCAGGAGCUGUCAUUCCUAUUGUGCACGUCAAUGGGUUCAAGAUCUCAGAACGAACGAUAUAUGGUUGCAUGGACGAUAAAGAAAUGGUUUCUCUUUUCACUGGCUAUGGAUACCAGUGCAGAUUUGUUGAGGACUUGGAAGAUAUUGAUCGUGAUUUGGCCACAAGUAUGCAAUGGGCUCUUGAUGAGAUCCGCAAGAUUCAAAAAGCAGCGAGAUCUGGAAAGCCUAUCAUGAAGCCUAGGUGGCCUGUUUUGAUUAUGCGUACUCCAAAAGGAUGGAGCGGACCAAAGAUCGUUGAUGGCGAAUUCGUGGAAGGAUCUUUCCACGCCCAUCAAGUUCCUCUUAUGGCUGCCAAAACGAACAAAGAUCAGCUGGCUGAUCUCCAAAAAUGGUUGCUUUCAUACGGCCCCGCAAAGCUGUUCACGGAAACUGGCGAUGCCAUUGAUUCCAUUAAAAGUAUAAUUCCCGUGGAACCCCACAAGAAGCUGGGACAACGAGUCGAAACUUACAAAUGCCACGAGCCACUCAAUGUACCAGACUGGAGAAAAUUUAGAGUUGAAAAGGGAACCGAAGAGUCUUGCAUGAAGGCUAUUGGGAAUCUUCUUGAUCAAGCACUCGUUGAUAACCCCAAGUCUUUGAGGAUCUUCUCGCCUGAUGAACUUGUCAGCAAUAAACUUGAUGCUGUCUUUAAUCACACAGGCCGUGACUUCCAAUGGGACGAAUUCUCCCAUGCCAAGGGUGGAAGAGUUAUUGAGAUUCUCAGCGAGCAUACCUGCCAAGGUUUCCUACAAGGUUAUACUUUGACUGGACGAACUGGUAUCUUCCCAAGUUACGAGUCUUUCUUGGGUAUUAUCCACACCAUGAUGGUACAAUACUCAAAGUUCAACAAGAUGGCGAGAGAAACAACUUGGAGAACAGACAUCUCGUCGAUAAACUAUAUCGAAACCAGUACCUGGACCCGACAAGAACAUAAUGGGUUCUCUCAUCAAAAUCCAUCUUUCAUCGGUGCAGUACUAAACCUGAAGCCAUCUGCUGCUCGAGUGUAUCUCCCACCCGAUGCUAACACCUUCCUUUCCACCAUUGCACAUUGUCUUCGAUCCAAGAACUAUGUCAACUUGAUGGUCGGCUCCAAGCAACCCCAGCCGGUGUUCUUGUCAGUAGAGGAGGCCGACAAACACUGCCAGGCAGGUGCCUCGGUCUGGAAAUUUGCUUCCACCGAAGACGGUCUCCACCCUGAUGUUGUACUCGUCGGUAUUGGGUCCGAACUCAUGUUCGAAGUUAUCGUCGCAGCCUCAGUUCUUCGUCGACGAUGCCCCGCCCUCCGCGUCCGCGUCGUAAACGUCACCGACCUCAUGAUACUCGAGGCCGAGACCCUACACCCACAUUCCUUGACCAACAAUGAAUUCAACGCUCUCUUUACUGCCGACAAGCCUAUCCAUUUCAACUACCACGGCUACUCGAACGAGAUUAAAGGUCUGCUCUUCGGCCGUCCAUCCCUAGACAGAAUUUCCAUCGAAUGCUACAAGGAAGAAGGUAGCACCACGACACCGUUCGAUAUGAUGCUCCGCAAUAACGUCAGCAGAUAUCACAUCAUGGAAGCAGCUAUCAAAGCUGGGGCCAAAUCUAAUCCCAAGGUGGCACUCGAUAUGACGGGUCUGUUGGGUGAGGUUAGACACCAGGUGACGAAGGUGCAGGAUUAUAUUAUGGCCACCGGGAAGGAUCCCGAGGGGACUUUUGAUAUCCCGAAGUUUGAGGGGACGGUGUUCGAGGGUGGGAGUAGGGAUAAGGGGCAGAGUGGAGGGAAGGAGGAUGGGUUUUUCGUCAACUGAUUGACGGCGAGAUUAAAGAGUGGAGAGAGGGUACACUUGUAUAGUUGAUGUAGUGAAAAUAUAAUACAUAAG